AGAAAAAUAUUCAUAUUGUAGAAAAGUCAAAAAUGCCAAAAUGCCUAUCGUUGCAAAACAUCAGUUUUCAACGUAAAUGCCUGAUAAACAAUGAUAGGAAAUUUCUACCAAAGUGGAGUGCAAUUGCGAUAACAGUGUUAAUUGUCGAUGUGUUGAUUUAAUAGUGGGAUUUGAGUAUACUGAGCUCCCUUACCGGCGUUUAUGGAAGGCUUCUAGAUGAGUAUGGUUGUGUCGUCAGAGUUAUCAGCUUGCAUGAACUAGCUACAUAUAUUUUUCAUCCUUUUAUAUGUAAUUCAAAGUUUCAAUAAUGUCAGCAAGCAACGGUUCAACUGCUGGAAAAGUGAGAGGUCCUGGUAGGCCUCCUAAAAAGAUAAUAUCCUGUACUUGGUGUAAUGAGAGUAAACUUCCUCUCAAAUAUGUUUUGCCAACAACAAAUGGUAAAAAAGAAUUUUGUUCAGAGACUUGUUUAGCAGAAUUUCGAAAAGCUUAUGUGAAAGGAGCUUGUUUACAAUGUGAUAACGUCAUUAGCGGAAAUAAUAGUGUUUCCAAAGAAUACUGUUCCUUAUUCUGUUUAAAUAAACAUCAGAAGAAAGAUUUGAAAGUAGCAACCGUUUCACCCAAUCUAGAAGGGUCUCCAGGUCCUUUCCAAUAUGAAACAUACCAACCUUUCGAUUGGGAAGAAUAUUUAAAAGAAACAAACAGUGAGCCUGCUCCACAGCAUUGCUUUAGGCAAGCUGUUAACCCACCUAUCAAUGAUUUCAAAGUUGGAAUGAAACUAGAAGCUUUGGACCCUAGAAAUGUGACAUCUACGUGUAUAGCUACUGUUAUUAGCAUUUUAGGACCUAGAUUAAGACUUAGAUUAGAUGGUAGUGAUAAUAAAAAUGACUUUUGGAGGUUAGUCGAUUCUAGUGAAAUAAAUGCUAUCGGGCAUUGCGAAAAAACUGGUGGUAUGCUACAGCCCCCAUUAGGUUUUAGAAUGAACGCUAGUUCUUGGCCAAUGUUCCUUUUAAAAACUUUAAAUGGAGCUGAAAUGGCACCGGCAAAAAUAUUCCAAAAAGAACCUUCAGGACCUGGUGUGAAUCUUUUCGAAGUUGGACAAAAGCUUGAAGCUGUUGACAAGAAGAAUCCCCAAUUAAUUUGUUGUGCCACUGUGGGGGCAGUAAAAAAUGAUCAGAUACAUGUUACGUUUGACGGAUGGCGAGGCGCCUUUGAUUAUUGGUGUAGGUUUGAUAGCAGGGAUAUCUUUCCCGUAGGAUGGUGUGCAAAAUCUGGUCAUCCUAUGCAACCCCCUGGUCAAAAGAAUCAAGCUGGAGCAAGAUUUAGAAUCAGACCCACCCCUCUACCAGCUCCUCUACCGGUCAACCCAUCGACCACCACCGAGUCUUUGGAGGCGGACACAUCUGCCCCACCACCACCGCCAAUCGUCAUCCACAUCAGAAAAUCGUGUAUGGGGGGUCCUCUAAUCGAUACCAACCAAUUACCUAGCACCAUCGAAGAGACCAUACCCGUUGCCCUUGUCAAGAAAUUGAUCGGUAAGCUUCUGGAAGCAUCGCACAAGUUUGAGACCAUACUGGCUAGACUGGGCGCCCUCCAAGGAGAAGAAAUGGCGAUCAGCCACAGCGGUUCGACCUACACCAUCAAAUUACCAUCGGUGGCCCAACCUGGUUCAGUGGAAGCUGUAUUUUCUUUGCUGGCCAACACACUGGGUUGCUGUCAGAAUCUAUUCCGGCUAGAAACGCCACUGACUGACGAAUGUCCUUCUUGCGAUGUGAAAGCCGUACCUUCUCCCAAGAGGAAAGCUCAGGUAGAACAAGAACCGGCGAUCUCAACGACACCUGUGGCGGCUGAUACUUCCACAUCUUCCGAAACCACCCUGGCCAACAUAAACAGGAUACCCACGCAAGAAUGGGGUAUCGAGGAGGUGAUACAGUUCAUCGAAUCCACAGAUCCUUGCCUGGGAGUUCACGCUGAACUGUUCAGGAAACAUGAAAUAGACGGCAAGGCCCUGCUUCUUCUGAACUCCGAUAUGAUGAUGAAAUAUAUGGGACUGAAACUGGGACCCGCCCUGAAAAUAUGCAAUCUUGUGUCCAGGAUAAAAGGUAGAAGACACAUAUAAUUGUAAGAUAUUUGUAAGUUAUUAGGUUAUCGAUACGCUGAUUUCCUCUGUAAGUUAAUGUAAGUAGUCUAUGGUAAACAACUGAUCUUUCAAAAGAGAAAUACAGGUAUGCAGUUCUUGAAAAAGUUUUGCAGUCACGAUGAAGAUAAGAAGAGUGGGUCGAGUUUUACGUAACGAAAAGUUUGGUAUGAAACUUCUAGACGAGGCUCUGUCGUUGCUCAAGGUUAGUAAAGGUGCAAAAUUUGUUAGAAGAGCGGGACUUGAAAUGUUAAAUAUUAAACUGUUUCGUUACGAACACUCGACUUGGAAACUACUACAUCUACAAUAAUGCUGCCUCGGAGCGCAAAAAAUAGAUUUUUUUCGUCUUAUAGGCUUGAUAGUUUUUCACACGAGUUGUUUAUACUCUUAAACUAUUGUUUAAAGGACCUCAUCUUUUUAGGGUGCUCUAUUUUUUCAAAAUACCGAGUUUAGAAUCUCUGAUUGAUUAUGUGAUAUAUUUCCUUUUCUUUCUUGUUAUUUCCUUUUACAAAUGGGCCCAUAAGUCGGUUCAGUAAGAAACUUGCCAUAAUAAAAGUGUUUCGACAUAGUUCUAUAGAAAUUUGGGAAUUAGCUUUGUUAAAUGCUCCUUUGAAUAGGCACAGUGCUUUUUUUUGCUUCAAUUUAGCUUACUGAGUGUUUUUCUAACGAAAACCUUUGAAAAACAAAUAAGCAGGAAAAACGCUCAAGUCUUCGCUAUUUUUGCACACGAAAAUUAACUUUCUCAUCUCCGUACUUAAUAAAAAAAAAACUAAAUGCAAGUUUCAUUUUCUAAGUCCUCCGAUUAGAUGUUAGAUGUUGGGCCCUUUGGAACCUCUGGCUAUUUAGAUUUAAAAUGAGUGACAUUUGUAGUUAUAACAUGUUUUCUAUUUCCUAUUACGACUUGUGUAUAUUUGAUACUGUGAAUAAUGAGCUCAAUUACAUUUGUUUAUGUUA